GGAGAACAACUGUGCGCGCGCCUGCAGGGCGGACUUGGACGAGCGCGAGUCCUACUGCACCAGCGAGUUCGCAUUGAACGGAAUCGUGCAUGAUGUAGACGUCCUCGGCACAGGGAUCCGGCUGGUGACUCUCCUGGUGGACCGAGACGGGCUGUACAAGAUGAACCGCCUGUACAUCACUCCAGACGGGUUUUUCUUCCGAGUCCACAUACUAGCCCUAGACUCCUCUAGUUGCAAUAAGCCAUGUCCAGAAUUUAAGCCAGGCAGCAGGUAUAUUGUGAUGGGCCACAUCUACCAUAAGAGAAGGCAGCUUCCUACAGCUCUGCUUCAGAUCCUGAGAGGGCGCCUUCGCCCAGGAGAUGGACUACUCAGGAGCAGCAGCAGCUACGUGAAAAGAUUUAACCGAAAAAGGGAUGGGCAAGUGCAAGGGGCAAUUCACGCCCAGUGCAUCUGAAACACACAAGCUGGGCAUUUCUGGAUCUGAAACUUAAAUUCUGCAACGAGACAGGAAAGGCCUUAUCAUCAUAUAAUGGGAUUUUCCUUUAGAAAGGGCACACAGUCCCUUUAGGAACUAUUUAAGUCCCAACUCUCAUCUUGAAGUCACUGUCUUAUUUACAAAAGGCUUCUUAAAUGGUUAUGCUUCUGAGCUCCAUGGCGGGGUUAUUCAACUGGUGUGCCAGUUCUUCACACAAGCUCAGCUAACUGACCUGUCUAGUUAACAGAUCACUGCUUCAUGUUGUUUAUUUUUAAUUAUUUUAAUUUAAAUACAUUUUUCAGUAGAAAUAGUUCACAAAAACAUUUGCUUGAUCUUAAAUAUACAAUUCCAAGUAGUUUAUAUCAUGUAUCAAACCAGAUUUUAUACUAAAACCAUCACAUUUUAAAUUCUGUACAUAACAGUAAGUGCACUAGUCAGACGUAUGAAAUGUCAUUUAGAUCACAUUUAGAUCAAACACUAUAUUGGAGCCCAUUACAAGUAUUGAAGUUUUCCACUUAAGAGUACCGAAGGUCUUAUUUCAAGCAAACAGGUCUUCCUGAUGUACCAAAAUACAAGAUACAGUUUAUUUUCACGCCUCCCAGGUUCUAAAAUCCUAUGUUUUGUGCCAUACUGGCAGCUCUCCCAAUGCCAAACAAAUUCUGGGUGUAUCUGAUGUCAUUUUUCUAUUAAGACCAAGUAUCAUGUUUGUGUUUGUAAAGCAGUAAAUCUUGCUGUGAAAUCAGAUCUUGGAUGCACCUGGUUUUUUUAGCCUCACUGAGCCCCAGAAGGUUUGGGAAAAAAGCAUUUCUCAAACUCACUCCCCAAACCCUGGAACCAGUAUUGAACUGCAAGCAUAUGAAUCUUAAACGUUUUCCAGCUAGCUUGAAAAAUAUUUAAUCACGAACUGAAUUUAUUAUUGAUUUUAUAUUGAUUUUAUAGAUUUUAUAUCUGAGCCCACAAAGAUAUUAACAGUGUCUUUUUUCCCCCCAGAAGACCAAGCUGUGCUUUAGUUAAUUUGAAACUCUGAAUAGACACUGAUAAUUCUUGGUUGAAGAUGACUGCCUAAAGAAAAAUAAAGAACUGCACUGACGAGAAAAACAGCACAUUUGGUCUCAAAGGAGAUGAGCUGGAGUUCAAGCUGUGUCGGUCUGUAAUGGCCUCAAAGAAGCAUCAUAUACACACACGAUGUCAGGACAGCACAGUGACUUCACAGCCUAAAGCAUAUCUGCCUGUGAUGAGAUACUGUUACCUUAUUUGUCCCAAGGAGGCAAAAAGUUGAGAGGCUCUGACUAUUCUGUGGUAAAGCAUUAACUGAAGGAUUUUUAGAGAGUUUGCUGAGAAUGAGUUUUGCUUAAGCUUAUUAAAAAUUAUCCUAGAA